AUGAACUGAGUUUCACUGUAUUGCUGACCAAUGGGGUUUAACACAGUGCCUUCUGAUAUCUCUUACAAAUAUGAGCUUGGUGAAUAAAGCCUUGGCUUUCUGCGUGAAGAAAAUGGAGUCUCGGCUGAUUUAUUCCAACAGGAGGUGUCCCCGAAGAUGUGAUCGACGCGAGACGAGUAGCCUGUCACAAAAGAAGGAGGUGAAGCGAGCCAAGCCGACCGCGGGAUGGGAUUUAGAGACGGAAUACACAAAGAUGUGAAAGGAGGAUUGCGGCGAGACCGGGCACAGCACACGAACGCAGCCCUGGCCGCAGGACCAGCGCGGAGAGAAACCCCAGCAGCGAAUGUGCAAAGCAGCGAAAGGAAUUUACAGCGAAAGGAAUUUACAAAGCAGCAAAAGGCCACGGCUACGGUCAGCAGCGGGGUCGGCGUGCAACAAGCAAAGACAGAGCCGGCGAAGCGGAGCCGGGCGGGCGCUGCACGGGGCUGCAGACGGCUCGGAAGGCACAGCAAUGAACACAACAGCUGGGAGAGAGCGAGCAGCCGCUGGGAACAGAGCUGCGAGCGGCAAACGCCGUCCUGGAAGGCGGAGGAUGCGCAGCCGAGAGAGCCGGGGAAGGUGAGGCAUCGGAGGGGAGGCAUCGGAGGAGCUGCCGGGAAAGAGGAGCGCGCAGCGAGUCCUGGGAACAGCAGUGACAGCAGCGGUGGGAGCGGCCAGACUCAAACCGGGUGGAGAAACAACCAGCCAGGAGCUCGGAACCAGAACUUAGUUGCGUGCCCUUGCAAGAUUUCCUCCGGCACGAUUCAGUGACCCCCAUCCCCGCUCCAUGGGACGCGUGGCGACCGGCAGAGCGGCUCUCGUCCUCCUGCAGCGCUCGUAAACCGCAGAACCAGCGGGGCCGGACAGUGUUUUUGUAGCAAAGCUUCAUUUCGGACCCAGCGGCUCCCCCGGGACUGGCCCCUCUGUGUGCGGGACCCGCUGGCUGCGGCACCGGAGAGCCGCGGGCGCUUGGUGCCUUUCCAGCAUUUUCUAUUCCCCCGCUAAGGUGUGCGGGUUUUAGGGUUUGUUUUUCAUUGCCUUUUCUCUCCUCUUUUUCAGCCGCGAGUGCUUUAGGGGGAAGAGCAGAGGUGCAGCGGAGCCGUGGAGUUUCCCCUUCCCUUCCUGGGGCAGCACCUGCCCAUCAAUGGGAAACAGCUCAUCUGUAUUAUCUGUAUUUAACUGCUGUUCAUCUAGGAGACCUGCUGUAGAUAUGGCUUGACCACUGCAGCUCUGUGUGGUUGUGAUAUUUUGUGAAAAUCCCUUUGCUAGGAUUUUCUUCUCCUGAGAAGCUG